AUGGCAACCGUCAGCUGGGAUGUCAGUUUCUGGACACGCUCCACUCUCGAGCCAGUCCGCCGCCCGCGCUCGACACCCCUCUACGGCGACUCCUCUGCAUAUUACCGAGAUGUCGUAAAUGAGGCACGUCAUCCUCCCAUGCAUCAUUUGGCGCUAUCUUCUGACGGGCCGGCGGUCCGCCAGCCGUCAGAAUAUGAACUGGAUCUGCAUGAUGUGACGGUUAACUGGAAGUGCGCUUGUAGCGAAGGGCAGAGCCCCCAUGGCCGGCUCAAUAUUGCGCGUAGCCUUGAUCAUCGCUCCUUCGAACGCAACUCGCAUCCAUGA